UCCCUUGUCUUUAGUCAUGUUAUUGUUUUCCUCAUUAUGUUUUAGGAAUUUAGGAAAAAUAGGAAUUUCAGGCUUGAAUUUGAGCAGUUGUACUGUAUUGCUUUUUGAACUGUACUGGUAUAUUCAUAUAUUUAAUGGCAUUCGUAAGAUAUGAUACCAAGAUACCUCUUAUUCCGUACUUCUCUUUUUAGCACAAGCUUGCUAGCUAGCUAGCAUGCAUGAUGGAAACCCAAUUUCAAUUGUUUUUAAUAUUUUUUGAGAACUGGAUUACUUUCCGAUGCGUGUAACGUGGUGCUAAAUAAGAUUUGGAGUGUUUUUUAGAUGUAGCUAUGUCUUUUCAGUUUCAUAUGUAGCUUGCAAGUUACUGUUAGUUACCUUAGUGUGUUUCUCAAAUUUGAAUGUAUGGCUACCAACACAGUUAAAAAAAUGUCCCUUGCUGUGCCAUAACUGACAGCAAGCCUUCAGAAUGAAUGACAUGAACCUUAACCCCGUGGGCAUGGACCAACUCAGUGUACCCUCUGUCAGCUCGAGCCAUCUAGGCAUACCUACCUCACCCACUCACAACUCCAUUGCCACUCCAGGCAUGCCAGUAGCCAUACCAAGCUUGGGUCCAUCCCUUGGGUCACUGCCCUCCGCCCUCUCUCUGAUGCUCCCCAUGGGUCCUUUAGGAGAUAGAGGGGUUAUGUGUGGCCUUCCAGAAAGGAACUAUACCUUACCCCCUCCCCCAUACCCACACCUGGAGAGUAGCUAUUUCAGACACAUCCUUCCAGGUAUUUUGUCAUAUCUGGCUGAUCGCCCUCCGCCCCAGUACAUACACCCCAGCAGUCUUAACAUGGAUGGAACUCUGUCUGUACCCAACAAUAACCCUUCCGGCCUAGACCCGUACAGUGGCCCUGGAGGGCCCUUGGAUCAGGCUAUGGUGACCAUAGACUCACGGCAGGUCAGUGGGCAAGUUGACCUCCACCAGGGCAGUGCUCACGAGGUACAGCUGGACACCACUGGACUUACGAUGGAGUCACGCGUCAACAGUCCGUUGUCUCCCGACGGGAUGGGAGAGGAGCUGACUGCCAUGGAAGGGGUGGUGGUGCCAGUGGAGACGCAGCAGCAGCUAGCGGCCAGGACUCAGACCCACGAGAGCCUGGCUGGGGUGGACUCCUCAGGGGGAGUGAUGCCCCUGCACGGUGCUGGGCUGGAACUGCCAGUCGUGAUGGAACAGGAGCAUAUGAGCGGUAGGGUGGGGAGCGGCUCCGGAGGGUCCGGGGGCCCGGGGACUCUGAGCGAAGCUUUGCACCCUGGAGGGGAGCUGGGCUCUGGGGUGGUCAGCGUGGUGCUUGCUGGAGCCGUGGUGCCUCAGGCUCAGCUGGAACCCGUGUCUCUGCAUGGACCCUCAGGUUUGGGCCUCGAGCCUGUAAACGUGUCCCCCAUCACCACAGAAGUGUCUCUGGGGCCAGACAGCAGUCUGGUGCUGGUUAACUCCACCCUACAACUGGAGGACUCCACCUCAAAUAAGGAGAACAUAGCCACGGCAUUCACUAUUUGGUGCACUUUAUGUGAGCGUUCUUUCAACUCAGACUGCCCUGAGCACGGCCCUGUCACGUUCAUCCCAGACACGCCCAUUCAGAGCAGGGCACGCCUUUCUUUGCCCCAACCCCUGUGCCUUCGUGUAUCUGUGGCCGAUGAGCCCACUGGUGUAUUUACACGAGAGACCAUCCCCACCAGGACCUGCUUUGGACCAAUGGUUGGGCAGCACUGUAGCAGUGUGGAGCUAACAGACUGGUCUGACAAGGACACCCCUCAACUAUGGAAGGUCGCUGUUACUGUCCAAACCGAGAUGAUAGGAAACUCGUCCACUAAUGUCAUGUUCCACAAUGAUAUCCAAGAAUUUUGUAUAGUGACGACAGACGAACACGAAUGUAACUGGAUGAUGUUUGUGAGAAAGGCGAGGACCACGGAGGAGCAGAAUUUGGUGGCAUACAUCGAUAACGGGAAGCUCUACUUCUGCACGUCACAGGAGAUUCUCCCAGAGCAAGAGCUGCUGUUCUAUUACAGCAGGGAAUACAGCAGACAGCUGGGUGUACCUCAAGUACCAGAGGGACAAAUCUGUCACUGUGGAAAAGAAUGCACCUCUUUCUCUGAGUUCAAGUCACACCUCAGCAGUCACAGCCCAAACCAGGAAGACCCUGCUCACACCUCAGUGCACAGUCAGCCCCACCCCCAGGAUAAGCUGCCCAAUGAGACGCCCAGCUCCGCCUCCUCCCCGUCAUGGCAGUGCCACACCAGUGGUGACACACAGAGCAACGGGCACCGACAAGGCAGGGAAAGGAAGUUUAAGUGUAAUAUGUGUUCACGAGCGUUCACAACCUCCACCAAGCUGAACGUGCACUUCAUGGGUCACAUGGGCGUGAGACCGCACAAAUGCAGCUACUGUAGCAAGGCCUUCAGUGACCCUAGCAACCUUAGGAUGCAUCUAAGAAUACACACAGGUCAGAAGAAUUUCCGGUGCACGGUGUGCGGGAAGUCCUUUACCCAGAAGGCCCAUGUAGAGUCUCAUAUGGUCAUUCACACGGGUGUCAGGAAUAUCAAGUGUGACCACUGUGACAAGAUGUUCAAUAGGAAACAGGACCUCAAACAGCACAUGUAUACACACUCACUAGACCGUCAGAUUACAUGUCCAAAGUGUGACAAGCAGUUCCUCAAGACUGACCACCUAAAAAAGCACCUGAACUCUCACGAUGGGAAGAGGGAAUUCAUCUGUGAGAAAUGUAAUAAGGGCUUUCUUACCAAAUACCACCUCACACGCCACCUCAAAAUCUGCAAGGGCCCCAAGACUGGCAGGUCAGUUGCCCAUGAAGAGGAAGGGGAUGAGGAAGAGGAUGAUGAGGAGGAUGAGGCAGAGGAACAGGAGGAGAGGAGUGCCAGGGCACCAGAUGAUGAAGAAGAGUGUGGAAUUGGCAUGGAAGGGUACGCCUCGGAAAAGCCCCUGUAACCUCUCAGUGCUACGUGCUUUGAGCACAGUUUUUUAUUUUUCAAGUUUACCGUUCAUUUUAUUUAUCACUCUAUUUACAGGUUACAGCAGAUGUAUUUUUAUUGAUUCAAAAAUCUUGCUUGACCCAGAUAAAGCUUUUAUUUGUGGGAGGUGGGGUGUAGAUGUGUAAUGAAAUUUAAAAAUACAAAUCAUUACAUGUGAAAUGUAAAUUAUAUCUGAACAUCAUGUUGUAACCGAAACACUGCCAAGAUUUUUCUUCCCCCGAUUUGUAUGACAUUUUCUUAAUUAACUCAAAGUUGUUGGUUUUUUUUUUUGUUUUUUUUUACAUGUCCUUACUUUGCCAGGGCUGUUAUUUAUUGAUAUCUAUGGGAAAAGCAACCUUACGAUUUACGGAACAAUGUCGUUUAUUUUCCAAAUAAAAUUGCAACAAAUACUCGA